AUGUUAAUCAUCUGUAACUUCCUCGAUCAUACCAUUCAACAGCUUGAUGGCAACUGCUCAAAUUUAGCUCCGACUGAGACUCAGAGAUCACAGGCUGUACAAUAUUUGCUAGUGGAGUUAGUAGGCAAGUUACGUGUUUGCAUGGUUGAUGACGUUGCAGUCAUCCUUAUACACAGAUUGUGCAUAUUAAAUGAAGACAGCAGUCAGCUUCAAAAAUACGACGCAGGGAGCUCAUGUACAGAGUUCUGUCACCUUCAUGAGUAUUUGGCUUAUAUAGCAUCAAACCUACCGUUUCUUGCACAUCUACGACUAAACCCCUCCAUCAAAGAUAAAAAUUUCAAAAACUUGAAGCAUAAGUGCAGCUUCUACAAUGGUAGCACGCCCGGCCCAAAGCCAAAGCUAUUCUUAAAUCACUGGAUAGAUUUUGUCGGAAGGAUACCCAGAUAUUUCUAA